AGCAAACAACCAUGAAUUGAUCGUUCAAUCUUCAACUGCAUUGGUAGCGUCAGACAGUGGGAAAUGAGAAGACAGGAAUAUCCUGCAUUGACGUGAAGAACUUAGAAGUCCUGGACUCUGCGCGUGGAUGAUUUAUGUUUGAUGUCACAAAAUCGAAAACUUACAAGCGAAAACCAACAAACUGGUCGAUGAAGCAGCUGGCGAAGACAGGACUCCAGAUGAAUGUAGACAAGAUGAAAGUUAUGAAUGUAACCAACCAACCAACAACAACAUCCAGCGCCAAUCACCAUCAAUGGGAGGGAUUUGAAAUAGAUUACUUCAUCCACUUAUCUAGGGAGCACUGUCUCAACUCUAGGCAGUCGGAACAGACGAGGAUGUCAAAUCGAGGGAGAAUCGGGAAGGCGAGCGAGAAACACGUUGUUCAUCAACCUGAAACCGAUCUGGGAAUCUUUGUCACUCAGCCAGCAUGGCGAGUUGUAGUGUAUGCAUGAUUGUGAAGGAAAUAUGGAACGCUUCACUAUUUUGCGUGUCAUAAUAAUAAUAAUAAUAAUAAUAAUAAUAAUAAUAAAUUUUUGCUUUAUUCCAAAAACAGUAC